AUGCGGAUCGCUCUGGAAAUCAAAAACAAGUGGUGCAUCGUCAAUGGAGAUGUCGCAGCACCAAGCAAUGAUCAUCAUCUGUACGCAGCGUGGAAAAGAUGUAACCUAAUGGUAUGUUCCUGGAUCUUUCGGUCUGUACAUACCUCUAUAGCUCAAAGCAUCAUGCAUUUAGAUAGAGCUAAAGAUGCUUGGGAAGACUUGAGACGUAGGUUCUCACAACACGAUGCUCAGAGAGUAUCGAUUCUGCAGAGCGAUAUAUAUAGCCUAAGACAGGGAAAUCUAUCCAUUAAUGAGUAUUAUACUAAAUGUAAGACUCUGUGGGAACAACUGAAUACUUUAAGACCUCUUCCUCAGUGUAAAUGCAAUCCAAAAUGCAAUUGCAAUUUAAUUGAUCAAAUCAGGAACGAACGAGAAGAGGACUAUGUUAUACGUUUCCUUCAGGGUUUGAUUGAUGAGUACAACAGCCUCAAAUCUAGUGUGCUAGUUUUGGAUCCCCUGCCAGAGGUCUAUAAGGUUUUCGUUAUGGCCGAAAAGCUUGAGAGGCAGAUUACAUUUGCUAAUCUGAGCACCUGCAACAUGAACAUGGACGCCACACAAGCCAAUGCCGUUCAUCAGAAUUCCUCUGAAGAAAUCAUAGCCGCCCUAAAUACCUACAACUACAAGCGAAAUGGAAACAAUAACAAAGGUGCAAAGUGCACUUACUGCGGGAUGAGUGGUCAUACGGUUCAGAAGUGCUACAAGAAGCACGAGUAUCCACCGGGAUGGAUUCCGGGCUUCAAAUCAAAAGGAAAACAACAACAAUCUGCAGCAGCUGUGACUAAUGAGCCGGCAGAUUCUGGUAAUACCUCUGAGCAGAUUCAAAAGCUUUUGACUCUUCUCCAAAACCAAGUUGGGUAG